UCAUCUCCCUAUAAACUUUUGUGGAGGUUUCCACUGUACUAGGACAUACACACAUAGGUCAAAUAUAAUUGUCUAUAUAAACCUUAAGAGAAAUAAGGAAAACACAGCCACAUACACACACUAGUAGAGAUACCAAACAAAACACAAAACCGAAAAGUUUAAGACAGUGAUCAGAGAAACUGGUAUUUCUGUUUUCUAUCUAGCUAGACUCUACAUUCUUUGCAACAAAGCAAUAAUGCAGUCGGAGAGAGACGAGGUCUUGACGUUGUCAUGGCCUCUCAUCGGAGAAAACGAGAAGAGUAGUAGUAAUGGUAUAAAGGUAGAAGUGAAGAAACAGCUAUGGCUUGCGGGUCCACUCAUCGCAGUGAGUCUUCUUCAGUUUUGUCUGCAAGUAAUCUCAGUCAUGUUCGUCGGACAUCUUGGCUCUCUUCCUCUCUCAGCCGCCUCCGUUGCCACAUCCUUCGCCUCCGUCACCGGCUUCAGCUUCCUGAUUGGAACGGCAAGUGCUUUGGACACAGUUUGUGGCCAGUCAUAUGGAGGAAAAAUGUACGGAAUGUUAGGCAUACAGAUGCAAAGAGCAAUGUUUGUUCUUACACUCUACUCUAUUCCUCUCUCCAUCGUUUGGGCCAACACAGAGCAUUUCCUUGUCUUCUUCGGCCUAGACAAAUCCAUUGCAUACCUCUCUGGCUCCUAUGCAAAGUUCAUGAUCCCUAGCAUCUUCGCCUAUGGUCUUCUUCAAUGUAUCAACAGGUUUUUGCAGGCGCAGAACAAUGUGUUUCCUGUGGUUUUAUGUUCUGGAGUCACUACUUGUCUUCAUGUGAUCCUCUGUUGGGCCUUGGUGUUGAAAUCUGGUUUAGGGUUUAGAGGAGCUGCUGUGGCCAAUUCGAUCUCGUAUUGGCUUAAUGUCAUUCUCUUGGCAUGUUAUGUCAAGUUUUCGCCUUCUUGCUCACUGACCUGGACUGGUUUCUCUAAGGAGGCUCUACGCGAUAUCAUACCUUUUAUGAAGCUAGCUAUUCCCUCUGCACUUAUGGUUUGCUUAGAGAUGUGGUCCUUUGAACUUUUGGUUCUCUCGUCAGGACUUCUUCCGAACCCAGUUUUAGAAACUUCUGUCCUAUCAAUAUGCCUUAAUACAUCAGGAACAAUCUGGAUGAUCCCAUUUGGCCUCGGUGGUGCUGCAAGCACAAGGGUGUCAAAUGAGUUAGGAGCGGGGAACGCAAAAGUGGCUAAGCGUUCGGUUCGUGUGGUCUUGAGCAUUGCAAUCUUAGAAAGUACACUAGUUGGUUCGGUUAUGAUACUGAUAAGGAAGAUAUGGGGAUUUGCAUACAGUAGUGACCCGAAAGUAGUCACAUAUGUAGCCUCGAUGAUGCCGAUUCUCGCCAUAGGCCACUUACUAGACAGCGUCCAAAGUGUUUUUUCAGGGGUUGCUAGAGGAUGUGGAUGGCAGAAGAUAGGAGCUUUUGUCAAUCUUGGAUCAUAUUAUUUUGUGGGAGUCCCGUUAGGCUUGUUACUUGGUUUUCACUUUCACCUCGGUGGUCGGGGGCUUUGGCUGGGAAUCAUAUGUGCACUCGUCAUCCAAGGUGUAUCUCUUUCCGUCAUCACCUUUUUCACAAAUUGGGAAGAAGAGGUCAAGAAAGCUACAAGCAGAGCUGAAGGUGCCAAGGAUCAUGCAGCCGAGAAUGAGUCAAUUAUUGUAUUCUGAGAGCUAAAUGGAAUAUGCUAUAUAUAACUGAGAAAAAAGUUGGGACCAUUAUAUCAUAUUUUGUAACAAAAUAUUAGAAAUAAAAAAAAAAGAUUGUUUGUGAUA